AUGGUUCUCAGUCAGGAAGAAAUGACAGACUCGGAAAUAAUACAGCUGCUGAGUGAGUACAACUUCACGAACCAGGAAAUGUCGCAGAUUCUCCGAGAAAUUAAGAAGAGAGAUUUUGAGUCUGUGCUAGCGUACAUUGAGGAAGUUCGGAAGAAUCAAGGUACAUGGCAAGACAAUGACAAGGAAAAGAUGAUGGAUGAACUUAGGAAAAGAAACGAUAUGCAGAAGAUGGAAGAGGAGCGAAAGGAAAAAUAUAAGCAACUGCUGAGAGAAAAAAUAGCGGCCAAUAGAAGGGAACAACAAAUAAGAGAAGAGCAAGAGAACCAGACAACAAAGACAGAAGAAAAGUCAAUCCAGAUUGAUGCGGAAGUUAAGAUUAGGAUUCUUUUGGGAGAUAACCAGGAAAUCUACUUGGGAUUUGAUAACAAUGCCACCCUAAAAGAUCUUUACGAGAGAGUAGCCUCGGAAUUGGGAAGAACGUCUUUUGAGCUAAGUGUCUUUGGUGUUGGAUCUUCUGUUCCUGUUUCUGACAAACUAAUAGUUGAUCAAUUUAGCGCCAAAGCAGUGAUGCUUGAAAUGAACUCGGUAAGUAACUGA